CUGAACCUGAACUCUGUGACACCACAGGUCUAAAUUUAACCAAACAAACAUAAGACGUUGUCGACCAAGGUUCGAAUCGCGACGUCUCUACAAAGAAUACGCUCACGCAACCCCAGGACAGAACAUCUUGCGUACUUUAACUGCGCCAUACUUUUCUGAACCAACGUUCAAACCUUCUCUUCAACUAUGGACAUUUUACAGAUCAAACAAGAAUUUCAAUAAAUAAAAUGGAGGGACUGCAAACGGCUGCGGAAAUUCUGGUGCCUUCACAGGGUGAAUUUAGUGUGUCUUUGGCGGCAGCGAUCGUCGUCAUUGUAGUCUUCACAGUUUUUCACAUCUACGGCAUUUGUUCUUGGGAACAAGCACUGCCAAUUCAAACUAGUUUUGCCGUACAACACUUUACAAAUUCCGUGGCAGCACCAGAGUUGUUUAUUUCCAGCCAUGACAAGGUUAAGGAGAUGGGUCCUUCUAAAGUGGAGUGGCGGAGCUCAUUUGUGUACAUGAUAAAGCUAGACUUAUUGGCAGCAAAGAAUUUAAUCAGUGCAAACUUAAAUGGUACAUCGGAUCCUUACACUGUCAUCACUUGUGGCUCACAAAAACGAUUUAGUUCCAUGGUCCCUGGCUCAAGGAAUCCUAUGUGGGGAGAAGAAUUUGAUUUUUAUGUGGAAGAACUUCCUGUACAGGUUAAUGUAACAAUUUAUGAUUGGGAUAUAGUUGGGAAAAGUACAGUGCUUGGAUCAGUAACACUUCCAAUUAAAGAGGAGGGUCAUACAGGACCAAUUUGGCACACAUUAGAUAGUUCUUCUGGACAGGUUUGCUUGGAAACAGAUACCAAGCGGUUUGGAGUUAGUUCCUCUGGGAGUCUGAAUGGGUUCAUAGGAGCUGUUGCACGACGAAGAAUGUCACAUGAUAAACCAGAGCCUACAGUAGUCCACCAGAAACCUGGGCCUCUUCAAACAAUUUUCGAAUUUCCACCAGAUGAGGUUGUUGAAAACAGCUACUCUUGUGCAUUGGAAAGGUCUUUCUUAUAUCAUGGACGUUUGUAUGUUUCUGCAUGGCACAUUUGCUUUCAUUCAAAUGUCUUUUCAAAGCAGAUGAAGGUUGUUUUAAGAUUUGAAGAUAUUGAAGAGAUUAAUAAAAGUCAACAUGCAGUCAUCAACCCUUCAAUUACAAUAAUUCUUCGAGUUGGCGCUGGGGGACAUGGAGUACCUCCAUUAGCGAGUCCAGACGGAAGGGCUAAAUAUAAGUUUGCAUCCUUUUGGAAUCGAAAUAAUGCACAGAAGGCUCUACAAAGGGCAGUGAAAAAUUUCAAGGCAAUGGAGGAAGCUGAAAAGAAGGAAGAAGAACAGUCUGCUUUACGUGCACGUAGCAUCUCAGUUAGGGCUACUGACAAAAGUAGGGAGUUGACAAUAGCUUCAAAUGGUGAUAUUGCUUUAAGUGACACUUCUAAGACAUUUGAGCCUUUCAUUAAAGAUGACGUUUUGGUUCAUAUAAAAAAGGAUGAGUUCCCCUGUACAUCUUUGCAGUUUUUCAACAGACUAUUGAAUGAUGAUUCUCAGUUUACCAAUCGAUAUCGUACUGAGCGCAAGGAUACAGACAUUAAGUUGGAGAAAUGGCAUGCUGCUGACCGGUAUGGUGGCCUACUUCGGGAACUAUCCUUUAGAUCGAUGUGCAACAAUCCUAUGUGCCCGCCAGACUCUGCAAUGACAGAAUGGCAACAUGCAGCAUUCUCUAAUAAUCAAAAUGUUUUGGUAUUUGAGACAGUACAACAGGCACAUGAUGUACCUUUUGGCUCAUAUUUUGAGGUUCAUGCCAGAUGGAUGGUAGAGACUAUAUCUAAGUCAACUUGUAAAAUAGAUAUUGCAGUUGGUGCACACUUCAAGAAAUGGUGUGUGAUGCAGUCUAAGAUAAAGGCUGGUGCUGUCAAUGAGUGUAAAAAGGAAAUUGACCUGAUGCUAAAUUUAGCAAGAGGUUACAUGGAAAACUCAAAUCCAGCUUGCAGGGAUGAUGCAAAUACUAAAGAGAUAGACAUCAAUAAUAUUUCAUAGUUUACUCUUGAUCAAUGGGUAUAAUAUUCCCAUUGCAUUUUUAUCAAAAUUUCUGUGAUUCCUCCACAUAUUUGUAAAUGGCCUUCAUGAGGACUCUUUGAAGUUAGACACUUUGCAAAUUCAUUGUACUCGUCUAUUAGACGUGGUGAAUAAGAUAAACAUGACUGAUCAAGUCUUAGGCAAUGUACAUAGGUACAUUUUUCAUUUCUGAAUUAUGGUUGAUCAUGUUGGUUACAUAUGAAUGACUUUUCUGAACUAUUGCACCUGUCAUUAUUAAAGUCAAGCUAUAUCAAUGGAAUUACGAAGCUUGUGGUCA